AUGGAGGAAGAAGUUGCCGCCCUCGUCAUCGACAAUGGUUCGGGUAUGUGCAAGGCCGGUUUCGCCGGUGAUGAUGCUCCCCGAGCUGUUUUCCCCUCCAUUGUCGGUCGUCCCCGUCACCAUGGUAUCAUGAUUGGUAUGGGCCAGAAGGACUCCUACGUCGGUGACGAGGCUCAGUCCAAGCGUGGUAUCCUGACUCUCCGCUACCCCAUUGAGCACGGUGUUGUCACCAACUGGGACGAUAUGGAGAAGAUCUGGCAUCACACUUUCUACAACGAGCUGCGUGUUGCUCCUGAGGAGCACCCCGUCCUGCUCACUGAGGCCCCCAUCAACCCCAAGUCCAACCGUGAGAAGAUGACCCAGAUCGUCUUCGAGACCUUCAACGCUCCCGCCUUCUACGUCUCCAUCCAGGCCGUUCUGUCUCUGUACGCUUCCGGUCGUACCACUGGUAUCGUUCUGGAUUCCGGUGAUGGUGUUACUCACGUUGUCCCUAUUUACGAAGGUUUCGCCCUUCCCCACGCUAUUGCCCGUGUCGAUAUGGCUGGUCGUGAUCUUACCGACUACCUCAUGAAGAUCCUGGCCGAGCGCGGUUACACCUUCUCCACCACUGCCGAGCGUGAAAUCGUCCGUGACAUCAAGGAGAAGCUCUGCUACGUCGCCCUCGACUUCGAGCAGGAGAUCCAGACUGCUGCCCAGAGCUCAAGCUUGGAGAAGUCCUACGAGCUUCCCGACGGUCAGGUCAUCACCAUUGGCAACGAGCGAUUCCGUGCUCCUGAGGCUCUCUUCCAGCCUUCUGUCCUGGGUCUUGAGAGCGGUGGUAUCCACGUCACCACUUUCAACUCCAUCAUGAAGUGCGAUGUCGAUGUCCGAAAGGAUCUCUACCUGAACAUUGUCAUGUCUGGUGGUACCACCAUGUACCCCGGUCUCUCCGACCGUAUGCAGAAGGAGAUCACCUCUCUUGCUCCUUCUUCCAUGAAGGUCAAGAUUGUUGCUCCUCCCGAGCGAAAGUACUCCGUCUGGAUCGGUGGUUCUAUUCUGGCUUCUCUGUCUACCUUCCAGCAAAUGUGGAUCUCCAAGCAGGAGUACGACGAGAGCGGCCCCAGCAUCGUCCACCGCAAGUGCUUCUAA